CACACAUACAGUGACGGCAACUCGAGCUCACUUGUAGCUUUAAUGAUAAACUGAGAAGUGCGGAUUUAUCAAGGAUGGAAUACAAGGACGAAAAUUACGAUGAUUACUAUUAUGACGAGAAUGCAACAGGGUGCGAUUAUUCUGAAUGGGAGCCUUCUUAUUCUCUCAUCCCUGUGCUUUACAUGCUGAUUUUCAUUCUGGGACUUUCUGGCAACGGGGUAGUCAUCUUUACAGUGUGGCAGUCCAAAUCGAAGCGCAGGGCUGCAGACAUAUACAUUGGCAACCUGGCUCUGGCAGACCUGACCUUUGUAGCCACCCUGCCACUCUGGGCUGUUUACACAGCCCUGGGCUACCACUGGCCAUUCGGGGUGGCCCUGUGCAAGAUCAGCAGCUACCUGGUGCUGGUCAACAUGUACGCCAGCGUGUUCUGCUUGACCUGCCUCAGCUUCGACCGCUACCUGGCCAUCGUCCACUCCCUGUCCAGCAGCCGACUGCGAUCCCGGGGGACCAUGCUGGCAUCGCUGCUGAUCAUCUGGAUGCUGUCAGGGCUGCUGGCAAUGCCCACCCUGCUCUUCAGGACCACCGUCAUUGACAACCUUACCAACAAGACCACCUGUGCCAUGGACUUCAGCCUGGUGUCUCACGAGCAGCACGAGACCCUGUGGAUUGCAGGGCUCAGCCUCUCCUCCUCCCUGCUGGGCUUCCUCCUUCCCUUCCUCCUCAUGACCGUCUUCUACUGCUUCAUCGGCACCACCGUCACCCAGCACUUCCAGAACCUGCGCAAGGACGACCAGAAGAAGCGACGGCUGCUGAAGAUCAUCACAACCCUGGUGGUGGUCUUCGCCCUCUGCUGGACCCCCUUCCACGUGCUCAAGAGCGUCGACGCGUUGGCCUACCUGAACCUGGUGCCCGAUUCCUGUGGCUUUAUGCGCUUUAUCCUGUUCGCCCAUCCUUACGCCACUUGCCUGGCAUACGUCAACAGCUGCCUCAACCCGUUCCUCUACGCCUUCUUUGACCUGCGCUUUCGCUCGCAGUGUCUAUGUCUGCUGAACCUCAAGAAGACAGUACAUGGCCAGGUGAGCUCCCUCUCAUCCACUAUGAGCACACAGACCCAGAAAUCAGAGGUUCAUUCACUGGCAACUAAGGUGUAGAGCUGGGAGAGAGACUACAAAGACUAUGCCAGAACUGAGAAUCCCGGGACUAGAAAAAGACUGAACUCCUGAGAAUAAAUAGAAAUGCAGUUUUUAAAUUUUGAAAUUCCAAACUGGGACAGCUGGCUGGCUCAGAGUUAUAUUGACCUGAUUUUUUUUUUUUAAAAAGAGGUAAAUAUUCUAUGUCAAAAUCAUUUCAAAAGAUUUGCCUGUUAUUAAUUGCAAGCGAGUGUUUGGCGAGCAUAUUGUAACAACUGGGUCAUUUUGGAAAAUGU